UGUCUGGUGUAUUAUUAUUAGACUGGUCAGCCCCUGAGCUUUAUUAUUAACUGGUAAUUAUGGUGUAUUAAAGUACUUGGUACAUGUUGGCUUUAUGGAUCAUCAACAUAUUUCUUAUAAACUAUUUGGAUUAUAAUAUGGAUUUAGAUAAUUUGUAAUGGAAAAAGCUCAGCAUAUAAGAUGUGAUGAUGGAAAAACAGAUUUGAAUAAUGGGGAUCAUCGAUUGACUUCUCUGCUGUCGACCUGGAGAGGACCUCGUACUGUCAUCAUACCAAAGACUGACCAAGGAUACGGCUUUACUCUUAGACACUUUAUUGUAUACCCUCCUGAUAUAACCAGGUCCAGUCCAAAUUUACAUGAAGAAGACUAUAUAAGAACUGAGAACUUCAUUCAAGGAUCUGGAAGGAGAAGUAAACAUGGCGGAUCAGAACCUAUGGACACAAUUUUUGUUAAGAAUGUAAAAGAAGAUAGUCCUGCCUAUUUAGCUGGUUUAUGCACAGGGGAUAGGAUCUUAUCUGUCAACAACUUUCCUGUAACAGGGAAAACAUAUCAACAAGUUAUCUCCCUUAUACAAUCAGGGGAAUCAAGACUUAAACUGGAAGUUUUGCCACAAGACCAGGAUAUUCUACAAAUGGCCUACAAAAACACACAUACUUUAUCCCAAGAUUCGUUGUAUCAUGGUCGAGGCAAUACAAACCCAGCCUCAAGGCUAAACCCAUCUCAAGGAUAUACUUUAUCUUCCAUGGAGAAUAUAGCUCCCUCUAGUGGUGGAUAUCAGGAACAUUCUGCCGCUGGUAGUGAAGGACAAGGAGAUAUGGAGGACUACAGUCCAGAACGUAACAUUAAAUCUACAGUGUCCUAUACCACUAGUGUAUAUCGGGAACCCAGUGGAUAUAAAGGUAGAGGGGAACCAAGAUCUUUUGGUGAUACACGAAAAGAAUUUGAAACACGGGUUAAAGAUUACUCUGAACCUCCACCUAAUAAAACAUUCUCCUUUGGAUUAUUCUAUCCAACACCAAAGAAGGAAAAUCGUUCAGAGGUCACCUUCAGAAGGGCUCGGGACAAUGUACUGCAGCCUAAUGAUUCACAAGAAAACAUUGCUAAAACUGUAAGGACUGCUAGAGUUAUUCCCCUUGAAAAGAAGCAUUCUAGAGAGGAACAGUCACAGGAAUCUUUAGUUAGUUCAAGUAGUUCCUCAGGAUAUACAUUGUCAUCAUCACCAUCACGACAUAGUUACCCAGACUCCAUGAGAAACAAUCCCCCUUUACCCCCACCGAGGUCAUUUACAUCACCCGAGAGACAGAGAAGUGAAAUCCAUACAACUACACGUCAUUAUGUUCCUGUUGUACCACAGGGUCAGAGGUCAGCACAAAUGUCAUCAAGUUUAGACAAUUUAGAUUCUAGGACAGAAAAUUACCAGACAGAUAGAAAUUUAAGAACUAAUUAUAGCACAACACGAAUCUAUGAACAUCCAAGUAAAAAUAGUAACACAAGAACGUUUAUCGUGAAAAUAAAUGAUAGUGGGACUGAAAGUGAGAAUGAUGAAAAUUCAAAUCAAAAUCGUAAUUCUUAUGGAACAGCAUUUGCAUUGACUAGAUCCCCCCAUUCUACCUCUAUAGAAAUAAAGUCCAAAGAACGCCCGCGAGUGUCACAACGUAAGAAACAGUUUGAAUCAGGACAAAUGGAGAACAAUGGAUCUACGCCUAAUGUCAACAGAUACAAAACAGAGAUACAGAAAAUUACAUCAUUAGGCAAAUUCAAUAGUGUGUCUUCAAGAUUACAAAACUUUGAAAAAUCUGAAGAUGGACAACAAAGUGCACCUAAGUUAAGGAGAAUGUCUUCAACAGAAAGGUAUUCAUCUCCUGAGGCGCCCUCUGUCAGUCACAAUCAGAACCAACAACAAUUUCAAGAACAGGCACCAAUCAGAAUUUAUGUUUCUCAAGGGUCAUCAAAUAACCAGUCAUCACCUAUUGUUGAAAUUGUACCGAUGUCAAUGUAUCAAGGGGGUGAAGCUAUGGACAAUAACAGGGGACCAGUCAAUAAAACCCCAGUUCAUGUCCAGCAUGAAGACAUGGAUGGCGGGAGACAAGACACAGAAAUGGAGGAUGAAGAUAAACAUGGACAGAAACCUGUGAGGAAACCAUCAUUCUUAGCUGCUGUCACUGCUUCACAGGAACUUUAUGGCAGUUCUCAAGAUGAGACAAGUCCUGAUUCUCCGCCAUCACAGCAGUGGAGACAACAUUCAUCACCUGAAGCCACCACUAUAUCAUACUCAUCCUCUAGCAUUAUGCCACCACCUUCUUCAAGUAGUGGUAUGACACUAACAAGUACCCCAAUCAAAGAUUCACAGACUAAAGUAAUACUCAGGAAGAAGUCUGAUUCAUCUCCAGAUGAAGAGGCGAUCAAACUCCAAAGAAGGACGUCCUACCUCAUGGCUACUGCCAAAGACAGAGAUACCAAUAAGUUAUCACUCGACAAAUCAUUGACUCACAGUCACUCAGACACUGACGUACAGAUGAUUACCCCUAAGAAGCCUCCUAGCAUGACCAAACUCAAAGCAUUCUUUGGUGAACGGACUCCAAGGAUAUUAGAGGCAACAGAACGAAGGCAAGAUCCAGCCAGUCCAAUUCAAGAAAUAUCUAAGAUGGGAUAUCUACAAUGUAAAACAGAUAUCGCUGAUGGAAAGAGAAACAGUGAUAGAUCCUGGAGACCUGUUUGGGUAGAGUUACGUGGGCAUGCACUAUUUCUUAACAAAGAAAAGAAAGAAGGGUCUCAUCCGUUUGCCUUUGAUGAACAGCCCAUCUCUGUGAAAUCCUCCAUGGUAGAUAUAGCCUAUGACUACACAAAGAAGAGGAAUGUGUUCCGACUGAAGACAUACAAUGGUUCAGAAUACUUGUUCCAAGCUGAUGAUCAUGAUACAAUGUUGUCUUGGAUUGAAGCUGUACAGAAAAAUAACAACCCAGAUCUUGAUGAUCAAGGUUUAUUUAGUGCCAACUUAAUAAUCAGAAAAUCCAAUGAGAUGACAACACAAACAUCAGCAGUUUCAGUCAAAAGUUCCCCACAGGUGCCUCACAAACCAAAGAGUCGACUGUCAACCAAGUCUAUCAUAAAGAUACCACAUUCCCCAAGUAUGAAGAGGAAAGAUAGAAAGACAGGAGAUGAUAGUUCCAAGCAGAAAACAACCCUAAAAGACAGAAUUAAAAGUUUUCGUAAGACAUCAAAUGCAGCAGGAUCAGGUGGUGCUGACGAUGCUGAGGGGACAGGAAUGUUUGGUGUCCCCAUCAAAUGUUGUAUUCCUUCACCUAAUAAUGAUUUCGUACCAAUGAUUGUGGAUCUCUGUACAAAGAUUGUAGAGGCUCGAGGUUUAGAAGUGACUGGUGUUUAUAGAGUGCCUGGUAACACUGCCGCAGUCAACAUGAUGACCGAGGAACUUAAUAAGGGUAUAGACAAUAUGAAUGUUGACCAUGAGAAAUGGUGUGAUGUUAAUGUUAUAAGCAGUUUGUUAAAGGCAUUCUUCAGGAAACUACCAGAAUCUUUAGUAACAUCAGAAUUAUACCAAGCUUUUAUAAAUGCCAGUAGAAUAGAAGACCCAGAAAGAAGAAUGUUAAAACUGAAGCGUCUUCUCCAUGAGCUUCCAGAACAUCAUUUUGAAACUUUUAAACACAUUGCUGAACAUUUAAAUAAAGUAGCAGGGUAUGGUCAUAUUAAUAAGAUGGAUGCCAGAAAUCUGGCUAUAGUAUUUGGACCUACACUUGUCAAAAAGAAAGAUGAUGAUAUGGCGUCCAUUGUCAAAGAUAUGUCAGAUCAAUGUCGCAUUAUAGAGAGUAUCAUUUUACAUCAUGACUGGUUCUUUGGUUCCUGGGACCAGGAUGACCAUGUGCCUGUUGAUGAACAGUCAGAAACACCAACCAAUCCUUCUGUUACUCGACUCAGCUGUGAUGAUGAUGACAAUACAGUUAACCCAAAGGACAUUGUAUUCUCUAUUGUUCAAGCAGCUAAUAAAAAGUUACGGGGAGAAAAAGACAAAAGUUCAGAAGAUUUAAACGCUAGUGUUAUGGAUGGAGGAUUUUCAGAACGAAAUAUUGAUCAAGAAGUUUAUAGGAGUAGAAUGAAAGGUCAAAUUGAAUCUACAUCUAAAAGUAGUCCUGAUUUACUUGGGCUGUCAGGACGAGCUACACAUGACAAGCUGAUGUCAUUACCGGUGCGCCAAUCAGAUAGUGCUAAUGAUCGUAGAAUGGCAAAGUCUCAAGAAAUAAUGGAAUCGGAUUGGGAUUUUGUUGGUUCUUCACAGAGUAUGUAUGGGAAACCAUUACACUACUCCGAUGAUUCUCUCGACAAGAAUGAUGAGUUAGAAGUUUCUCAUAGUGGAUUAAGUGGCAGUUUUAGUGUUAGUCAGAGUACGAUAGACAGACUGAGAAUUAUUGAAGAAGAGGCUAGGGCACUGAGAGAAAAAGAAGAGAAACGAAAACGGGACUUUGAACGUAGAAAAUUAGAAAAACAGAAGAUAGAACAAAAUAUAAUGAAAACUAAAAAGGAGAUGGAAAUUGAAGACAGACAUAGUAUAGAAGACUUAUUAAGUGCUGUGUUAUUAAACAGUGAUGGUGGUCGAAGUUUAAGUCAUCACCGUGGUGAUUCAAUGUCGUCAGAUCAUUCAAACUCAUCAUCAGAAGGGAGACAACCUUUAGUUUAUAAAAAGGAUAAAGCAGGGGGUGGUAAAUAUUUUGUUAUUCAGAGUAUAGUUGGAAAACAUGGACGUGAAAAAAUUCCUAGGUCUUCAAAGAGUGGAUCAAACAUUGAAGUGAAAGGUCAAAGGACAAAUUCCCUUGAGAGGUUAUUGGAACAAUCAGAAAAAGAAGUUUCUAGAAAAUCAGGCCGUGGUAGAUAUGCCUCAAAUGAAGAUUCUCAGCAUUUACAAAUCACAAAGGGAGAUUAUCCUCAUAGACGAUCUAAAUCCAACUUAAGUCGUAGUAAUUCGUUACGACGAGGUUCGCUGGAUUCUUUGAUUGACAUGAUACAGGACGGUAAGAGGAGGUCGUAUGAGGAUACAGAUUCAGAAGAUGGUUCCGAUUUACUCUCUGACCUUACGUCAACAUUUGAUCAAAAGUUAAAAGUGCUUGUGAACCCUAAAUAUAAGUUAAAUGGCAGUUCUUCAAAGUUAAACAGAAGUGAUAGUUCUAACAGUUCAAAUGAAAAGGAUACAAAUACUCAGCUAAGGCUGCCACCUCAACUGCCACUUUCUCAUGUAAAUAAGAAACUCUGUAGCAGUAAUGAUAUGUUAGAAAAACAAUAUCAAGAUCCAAGUUUACACAGAUCACCACGGCAACAUGAAACAAAAGUAGGAAUAGCUUAUCGCUUUGAACGUAAUCCAUCAAACAGUGUGUUAGCGCAAUCAAACAAUUCUAGUGAUGUGAACAAUACAAAUAGUGCUCCAGUUGAUCCUGGAAAUUCUACUGUUACAUUUACUGUACCGAUCGUUUCUCAGCCGACAGUGCUCUCACCCAUUCAGGAUUCUAGAACAAAAAAUGAAACAAUGUCAAAUUCAGUCAGCAAUAAAUCCCCUACACAUUUAUAUCUAAUAGAUGUAGAUAAAUCUCCGAUACAUACGCAACAAAGAAGUCUGGAUGAAACUUUUAAGGCCAGGUCAUCUUCACCACCGGCAGUGAAACGAAAAUCAGAAAAACCCAAGAAACGACGACACACUGUUGGAGGCACUGAUGACCUGGAACACUUCAAAGCUUUAGUCAGUGUAACACAGAGCAAAGGAGAAAACAGAAGAUCAGCAUGGGACCAGUUACAACCAGUUGUUAAAUCACCAGUUGGUCAUAGAAGUUUACAACAAUGGCUUCACAAUGAACGACAUCGUGGAAGUACGCCAGAUCUUUCACUACAACAUAGCCCAAAAUUCUAUUAAUCGAGAUUUACUUGUCAUAGCUUCAUAGUCCUUAAUAUUGCUAACUCUUUCUUGUAUGUCAUGAUUACAAUUUUAAGAUUUUUGCAUUUUACUUAUAUAAAUAGAAAAAUAAUCUUUGGUAUUUUAAAGAUACAGAUAUUUUGAAAGUUCUGAUUUUAAUAUGUUAUUUGUUAUUUAUAUAAGUGGAAAAGCUUUAAAAAAUCACAUCUUUUUAUUAACAUGAAUACAAUACAUAGUUUUUAACAUUAUUAUUAUAAAUUAAUUUAAUAUUAUAAUGAAAUCAUUUAAUGCUGUUUACCUCAAAUUUCGUUAUUUUUCGUUGAUCAAAUUUUAAUUACUUUUAGUUGCUUAUUAUGUAAUUUUAUUUGUUUAAGUUGAGGUAUUCAGUUGCAUGACUUUAUCCAUAAGCUUCAUUUUAUUCUUCUUCAACAUGCUUUGCUUUUUCUUUUGUCAUAAUGCAUGACAGCCUUAACAAAUUUCAUUUGUGGUCAGCUGGUCAGUUAGAUCAUUCAUAAAGCUGUCAUUGCCACAAGAAAAAUGUUGUGAAUUUUAAAUUCUGUUUUUUUUUUUAACUUAUUCAUUUUAUUUCUAUUGACCAUCACCAUUUAUGAUUGAAGGUUUGUUAAUGAUUAGCUAUAGUUUAUUUACAGUUUUGUUUUUUGACCGUCAUUUUUAUCAAAUUUCCCUAGAAUAACUACGGUAUGUUGAAAUACAAGUUUUGUGUUUAUACAUAGACAGACUGUUAUUAGUGCAAUAAUAUAAAAGAUGCAAAUGUUCACAUUAUUGUAAAUAUUGUUGGUAGCCACUACAUUUAUAAUUUACUAAAACCAAAGCUAUCAUUCUGUACAUAGACAUUAUUGUGUUUGUAUAAAUUAUUGAAUUUCUUUGAUUGACACAAAAUACUAUAAAUGAUCAAAAAGUACUAAACCUACAAAGUUGACUUAAUAUCAGUGAUGUCAGCUGAUUCUGACUAAAUAAGACAAGAUUUUUUAAGGAGGCACAAAAACCAUAUCUACGAUCUCAUUAUAAUUUUGUUUUACAUCUUUCUAAAAAAAAAUUAAGCUUAAAGUUUAGUUAAUCAAAAAUGAAAAUUGGACUUGUAUACUAUUAUCUUCAAAAUAUUCUCCAGAACUCCUUUCAUAUUUUAGGAUGAUUUAUAGCUUCAAUUUUACACAGCCAACUUACAGAUAGAACGUUUAAAUGUUUUAUAUUGUUAACCAUGUUAAACUGUUUUUAGACAUUUUAAACUAUCCUAAACUCAUUUUAGUUUCUUUGAGAUAGAUAAUAAUUUUAAUUGUUAAAUAUUUCAACACUCUGUCUUAUUAAUCUGACAGUUUGUUAGCUGUUUAGACGUUCUGACAGUUAGUCAACAUUGUAAACAAACCUUAUUUGUUUAGAAACUGUCCCAGAAUUUUCUUUUCAUAUCCCGUCAAUGGUCCGGGGUCGAAAAUAGCAAGAGUUGUACCCUGGUACAAGACCUUAAUGGUGGCUGCAAGUCUAACUGCGAGAAAAUGUCCAUAAGCAAAGUUAAUUUGUACACUUAAUUAAUCAUCAGAUGUAUAAAUAAACCACUAGCACAUGGGAAUGACAAGGUUUUAAGUUAGUGUCAAAUGGUUUUGACAUGCAUGUAUUUUGGAAGAUCAGCUUUGAGUUUCCCUGAUCCCCCUCACAAAGUUUUUGUUUUAAGUUGUCCUGGAUGGUACAGUUGAACACAUCAAACUCAACUCUGCCCAACUGAAAUGAUUUGUAAAGACUGUGUGACCACAGCUGAUGAACAAGUUAAUGUCUGAAUUAGAGAUAAAGGGAGAUAACAAAUCAUCUGGAACUGUUUUCCAAAAUACACAAAAUGUACUGUAAAUCCAGAAAUUAUUGCCAGGUUUUUAUUAUUGCAAAAAAAUGCAACAGGGUUGUAAACGCAAUAACUUAAACUCACAUUUUGAAAUAUUUUAUAUGAACUAAACAGGAUUUUUCUCAAAAUUGUAAAAAUUAAAACAGGAUAUAAGUUUAAAAUGACAAAUUCGCAAGAACAAAUGCACGCACAUGCAAUAAUUUCUGAAUUUCCAGUAAUUAAAGAGCCUGUUUUAAAGGGACCUGGAUCAAGGAUUAGGGACUCCCUCUUUUUUCACCUCCUAAUAGGUUGCAUAAUUAAGGGUUUUCAUCAGUGCAGUCACACUUUUAAAGGAAUGUUUUAAAUACUGAUAUUUUUUUUCAGCAUUUUAAGUUUGUCUGAACAUUGAGUAUUUUAGCUAAUCACUAGAAACCAACUUCUUGAAUAAUAUUUUUUUUUAUAUUAAUUGUCAAAUUUAGUAUAAUUUAUGCAGUUUUCAGUGUUUAAACCUGAAUUUAAUGAACACUUUGUAAUAUGAUCAAACCACAAUUCUUUAUUCUUUAAGUGGGAACAAAAGGACUUGAAGACAAUUCUUAUAACAGUGUUUUUACAGCCUUCAAUAUGCAGUCCUAUAUUGUCUAAAAUAAAACCUGAUUAAAGUACAAUUUUAAGAUUAAACUCUCCAAAAUUAAUUGUGUAGUGCUAAACAUGAUUUUUUUUCUGUAAAUAUUUUAUACAUAUUUAACUUUUAAUAGUUUUUAUUCAUUAUUUUUUCAUUCAGUUUUGUGAAGAAAAAUUGAUUAUCUUUUAAAAAGAAAGACAUGUUUUCAAGGCUGUACCUUGACCUUUAAUGGUCUACUUUUACAAAUUGUGACUUUGAUGAACAUGAUGAAAAGUUGUCUCAUUGACAGUCAUACCACAUCUUCUUUUAUCUUUUAUGUAGAGGAAAAAAAACACAUGUAAGAAUAAAUAAUAUCCUAAUAGUUUUGACAAGUGCAUUAAUAAUUGACAUUACCAGACCAGUAUAUUAGUAUCCCCACUCAGAUAAAUGGUUUUGUCUGGUCUCUGGUAGUAAAUUGUACUAGUUUAUAUAAAUUAAACUUGGUAAUAAAUUGUAUGAAUAUUUACUGACUAACAUCAAACACAGAAGUUGUGAAAAGUUGUUCAAUAAUAAUAUUACAGGGGGUGUUAAAUUAUUGUUGCAUUUUAUUUAAUUACCGAAAGUCUUCCUAUUGUUUAAAAUAUUAUUUAGUUUAUCUUGUUAAAUCAUUAAAAACUUUGUUGUAUAUGAAAUUUUAACAUACACGUAAAAGAGAGAAGAGGAAAGUUAAUAAAAUACUAAACAAUA